AUGAAGUGUGCUAUUUUGUUUGUUGUUUUAUGCGUUCUCAUGUUCCAAGUUUCGAACAUUGUAAAAGCGAAUGGCCUAGACAUGUGUAGAUGGCAUGGUAGGUAUCCUGGAAAAUGUGGCCCGGGAAAGUGUCAUAACGAAAUAAAGUCACCUCACAAGUUUCAGCGUUGCGAUUGUAAAGAUAUUAUUUAUCUAAAGAAAGACCAUCAUGACUGCGAUUGUUACAUUAAGCCUCCUUGUCGUCCAAACUAA